AUGGACGACUUAAUACGAGCUAUAUAUUUACUAUAUUCUUACAAUGCUGAACAAUAUAUUCGUCAAAUUCGAUUUCUUAAUAAAGAAGUUAAAAUAACAUAUAUAAACGAUACCAAAACAUGUUGUUUUUUUCAAGAAAUUGGAGAUACUAGUAAUUUUCAUAAAAAUUUAAUAUCCCAAUUAGAUUCGAUUAUUAAUAUUAAUGAUAUUAAUAAUGCUCCAAAUGAAAACAAUAAUAUCUUAAAUGUGAAAUAUGAAGAACUUUACUCUUUUUCUUGUAAAGAAAUAGUGCAAAUGGAUAAUGCUAAUAAAAACAGUAAAGUAAUGCAAGUGGAUAACAGUGGUGAUGUUGAAGAUGAAGAUCAUGAGGAAAACGAAGAAAUAAUGCAAGAAGUUGAAGAUCACGAGGAAAGUGAAGAAAUAAUGCAAAUAGAUAAUGUUAAUAAAAAUAGUAAAGUAGCGCAAGUGGAUAAUGGUAGUGAUGUUGAAGGCGAAGGUCAUAAGGAAGGUGAUGUUGAAAGCGAAGGUCAUGAUAAAGGUGAUGAAAAAGGUGAUAAUGAAGAAGACGAUGAAGGUAGUAAAGAGAGUAAUGAAGGAAGAAUUGUGACAAAAACUUCUAAAAGGGUUAAUCGACCCUCUAUACCUACUUUCCUUCAAGAAGUAUCCCCGGAUAUUAUAAAUCAAUGUAUUAUUUUAGCAUCUAUUACACAGGAUAUUAAUUUUGACAAAAUUGAAAUUAAUCUGACAAAAAAAAUUGCAACACUUAAGAACAAUCGAGGCGAAAUUGUAUUGGAGCCAAUAAACCCUAUUGAAAUUAGGAAGUCAAUUAUAAAUAUUAAAUUUCCUAAAUUUGAAAGGGUUAGUAAAAAGCAAGUUAGCCAAGAUCCUUACUCAUAUCUUGGCUAUUUUGCUAGUUUUCAACCUACUAAAAAAAAGGAGAUAUUAACUGGAAAUAAAUUAAAGGUUUCUAAGCAAUUUCAUGAGUUAUUAGCAUUUGAAAGCGAAUUAACCGUAAUAGCACCUUUUUAUGAUAAAAAUUCGUUUAUUAAAAAAGAUGAUUAUUAUAAAAGUCUUCUUAAUUAUCUAAAGGAACUUUCAAUACUUCGUAAAAUUUCAAUAGUCCAAUUUGAUCCUGCUCAGAUUAAUGGUGGAUUAGCUUUGGAAUAUAAAAAUCUUGUAUUAUCAAAUUCAGAUGAUAAUUUAAAUUUACAAGAGCAAAUCAUGCUUUUAAGGUCUAUGGAUAAUAAAGUUUUAUGCACUUGUGUAUUUUGCAUGCAAGAAACUAAUGGUUGUGGCAAAUUAUUAAGCAUCUCUACUCGAACAAGGCAUAGGAAGCGAGAAAAAAAUCUUCAAAAUUCUUUUCCAAUUUCAAAUAAUACAUCUAACAAUAUUUUAAAUAAUCAAAUAAACAUUGUUAGUAUGGAGGAUAUUGAGGAAAAUAUUGAACAAAAUUUAGAAAAUGAGGAAUUGGAGGAGAAUGAAUUGGAUAAGGAGAAUGAAUCAGAGGAGGAUGAAUUGGAUAAGGAGAAUAAAUCAGAGGAGGAUGAAUUGGAAGAGGAGUGUGAAUUAGAGGGGGAUGAAUUGGAGGAGAAUGAUUCAGAGGAGAAUGAAUUAGAGGAGGAUGAAUUAGAGGAGGAUGAAUUAGAAGAGGGUGAAUCAGAAAGUAGUGAAAAAAUAA